AUUACGUCAGUUAUCCUGCCAGCGACAAGAAAGGGAGCCUCGUCCAGUAGGAGUGCACUCGUUUUUUUUUUGUUACUUUUUUCUGUGAAGAAUUAAAGGGAUUUGUGUGUUUUUUCCUGAGGUAUUCAGAGCUGUGAGUGCUCCUGGGUAAGCGACGGGGAGGAAUUCAACGUUGAAGCGGCGCAUCGCAGCUCUCCUGCUUCAGUAUGAGCACUUUGUGAAAGGACUUGAAUAACGACGACACUCAGAAAGUAGAUGGAGGAACCAGAAGGUACAAACAACUGCGUUUACUGUGCGGGAUGUGGAGGAGGAAUUCAAGACUCGUUUCACAUGAAAGUCCUCCAGGACACCUGGCACAACUCCUGCUUUCAGUGUUCUGUGUGCUGUGACCACCUGACUAACUGGUACUAUGAGAAGGAAGGCAAGCUGUACUGUCGCACACACUACUGGGAGAAGUUUGGAGAGCUCUGUCACGGCUGCUCUCUGCUCAUGACUGGACCUACCAUGGUGGCCGGAGAACACAAGUAUCACCCAGAGUGCUUUGUGUGUCUGAGCUGCAAGGUGGUGAUUGAGGACAGGGAUACCUACGCCUUAGUCGAGCGAUCCAAACUCUACUGUGGAAAGUGCUAUAAGCAGGUGGUUCUUACACCCAUGUUGGAGAAACGCUCCGACGAAUCGGUCCUAAACUCCCUGCCGCACACAGUGACCCUCAUCUCAAUGCCGUCUGCUGCAAACGGCAAGAGGGGCUUCUCUGUCACAGUGUUGAGGGACGCCAACGACUCAGCAAGUGUUCAAGUCAAAGAAGUCAGAGGGAUGCUUAUUAGCCCAGAGGUCCGAAAUGCCAUCCAUGUUGGGGACAGGAUCCUGGAGAUUAAUGGCCUUCCUGUCGGGACAUUGAUGCAGGAGGAGGUGGAUGAUCUUAUUCACCGCACCAGUCAGACGCUGCAGCUGCUCAUAGAGUACGACCCAGUCAGGCAGCGUUUAGACCGGCUCAGGCUGGGUUCACCAAGAACAAGUCUGGGAGUCCCGGCCACCUCCCGCAUGCGUCUGUCCUCACCUUCUGACACGGUCCUGGAGAGAACUGAUGUGGUUGAUGACGGCACACUGAAAAGGAGGUCUUUGAGGCGCAGUAACAGCAUAUGUCAGUCACCCGGGCCAAAUUCUCCUAAAGACUCCCCUUUUAUUACACGAGACAUCAGCCGCUCUGAAUCCUUGAGAUCCUCCAGUAGCUGCUCUCAUCGCAUCUUCCGGCCAUGUGACCUCAUCCACGGGGAGAUCUUAGGAAAAGGCUUCUUCGGACAGGCCAUCAAGGUGACUCAUAAAGCCACAGGAGAAGUGAUGGUGAUGAAGGAGCUUAUCCGUUGUGAUGAGGAGACCCAGAAGGAUUUCCUGAAGGAGGUCAAAGUAAUGCGAUGCCUCGAACAUCCCCACGUUCUGAAAUUCAUUGGUGUGCUAUACAAGGACAAGAGGCUUAAUUUGAUAACGGAGUAUAUCGAGGGAGGCACCCUGAAAGACUUCAUCAGAGACAUGGAUCCGUUUCCAUGGGAGCAAAGGGUGAGCUUUGCAAAGAGCAUAGCUUCUGGCAUGGCCUACCUUCACUCGAUGAGCAUCAUACACAGAGACCUCAAUUCUCACAACUGCCUGGUUAAACUGGACAACACUGUGGUCGUUGCCGACUUUGGACUUUCCCGACUCAUAGUAGAGGACAAAGUUAAGCCUCCACCUGAAAAACCAACCAAUAAGAAGAGGGUGUUCAGACGUAUCGACCGUAAGAAGCGCUACACUGUCGUCGGAAACCCUUACUGGAUGGCUCCAGAGAUGCUAAAUGGUAAACGCUAUGAUGAGAAGGUGGACAUUUUCUCCUUUGGAAUUGUGCUCUGUGAGAUCAUUGGAAAAGUCUAUGCAGACCCCGAGUGCCUCCCCAGGACUCUGGACUUUGGCCUGAAUGUUGGCAAGUUUGUGGAGAAGUUCGUCCCUGAAGACUGUCCAACAGCUUUCUUUCCACUGACUGUGGCCUGCUGUGACCUCACACCAGACAACCGCCCACCUUUCCAGAAGCUGGAGGAUUGGUUUGAUGCCAUGUCCCUGAACCAGGAGCUGGGGAUCCCCCUGCCCGCCGAACUGGAUGAACUGCAUCAGAGAGUGAGUCGACUCCAUUGGCCUAAAGACGGCUCCAAAUCCCAGAGCACAGAUCAGUCCUCAACGGCAACAGCGGCCUCUCCAGACACUUCCAGCAUUACAGACAGUGGCCCUUAGGACCUGUGCCCCUCUGCUAUGACCCCUCUGAAUGACUGCACUAAUACUGUAGAUGAGAUAAAGAGGGAACUUGUAUUGAACCCGCACCAUUUUAUAACUGGAUAACCUGUGUGGGACCUUAACUCUGACAGUGCCAGUGGAUUUUGAUGUGGUGGAAAGACACAUUUCAUAAAAACAAGUGUUAGUAACUAAAAAAAAACGUUUAACCCUAUUAAGCCCCCACACGCAGGGUUGUACUAAUGUUUACUGUGUGUGAAGAUAAUAUUGAUCCUUUUACCUUUUUAAAAAAAAUCAAAUGACAAGCAUCUCAGAGUGGAAGACCUUGACGAGUCAGAUGCGACAGCAGUUUAGUUUUUCAGGCUCUGAAGUUGUUGUUUGCUAUGUGUGGAAUGCACAGUCCUUCUCGCACUUCCCUUCACUGCAGCAACGAAAACAAAGAUGCAACACAGUGUGGCUGAUUGACAAGUCUGUGUAAACAGGGCACGGCUUGAAGAAAACAGGUAUGACUUAAAUCAGCAGUGGGAGCAAAACACUCACUGACCCCGAAUAGUUUCAUCACUCUGACAUUUGGCACAAAACGUCGAAGGAAUGUUUGGGGUUUUUUUUGUCUUAAGCACCACUGACCUAAUUUUUAACGAGAUGAUUACAAGUAUGAUUCUGUGCUUUGUAGUCUUGACAAUUUUUAAUGGAUUUCUUAGAAUGAUGAAUGAACACUUAAGAUUUUUUUUACUGACAUUUUGUUCAAAGUUUUUAUCAAACAUCUGAGGCCUAUUUAAAAAGAAAAACAGGACAGAAGCUCUUUUGGCUGUUAUUAAUAAUUGUCAAGAGAUAAUCGUGCAACAAUUUACCAUAAAAGGUUGCUUUGUACAUAACUGGAUUUUUUUCUUCUUAAGCAAUGUAUAUAAAUGUGUACAUAGUAUUGCUCUAAUUGGAUAUUAUUUUCUAAUGGGAACUCUAGACUUUUAGACAUUUCGUCAACGACGGACGUUUUUACCUUUUUGCUAUCAUCAUGCAAGGUACUGACGACCAGUUGUAACCACUAUUAUUUAUAUCACUGUAGUGUUUCAUAAAUAAACCUUCUUAAAGUUGGCUUUUUAUUGUCAUUCUUAAUUUUUGCAUGUCAGUAGAAGUGUUGCUAAGAAUCAUCUCCUGCUCGUAGAUCUGUGUUUGCCUUAUAACAAACACUGGACACAAAAGAAAAGAAAGAUAUCCCCCAGCAAUAAAUCAGUUUGCAGCAAAAAAUGACAGCUGAAAUUAUCAUAUUUUAUAAUUUGUUUGGAAAUCAAUUGAUAAAUUACUCUAAUUAAUUCCAUUUUUGAUUUAGUAAAUUAAAAAAUAAAUCAUAAAACUUACUGAUUACAGCUUCACAACAUCAUUUCUAGCUUUUGUCUGUGUAACAAUGUACAUUUUUAAACAUUUAACACGUUUAAAGCAGAUUCAAGACUUUACUUUGGUAACGUCUGCAUUUGCCAAUUUUCACAUUUUAUAGAGUAAAUGGCUUAAUGACAAAAUAUUAAAUUGUUUAAUCGUUACUUGUAUUCUCAAUGACUGGAAUAAGUAUCUUCCUUUAGUACAGAGAUCAAAACGUUGUUUUUUUCUGUCGUUAAGAUGUUUUUACAUGCCUCUUCAAUUCUCUUUGUCCUACUUGUACUUAUAACCUCAUUAUCUUUACUUACUUAAAUCAUUGGAUUAACAUGAGAAAGUAUGUAUCCAAGAAUUGCCAACAGAGGGAGCUGGUGCAAAGAGUUCCUACAGUGAACAAACCUUUUAUAACAAGACACUUGUAACAGUCCAAGCUUUCAUGCUGUAUCAUGUUCUUCUUCUAUGUUAAAUAAACAGAUUACAUCACA